CCCGACGUCAGGGGCCGCUGUGCGCUGCGCGGGGCUCCGCACGCGGCCGCCACACAAAGGCAGCAGCUCCGCUCUGCUCCGCUCCGCUCCGCAGACAGGAUGCAGGUUCGGAGCCUCCUCCUCCUCCUGGCGCUGAUCCUGGUGGCUGCCGCUGCUGAGGCUGGCAAGAACAAGAAAGAAAAGGCAAAGAAGGAUGGCUCCAAGUGCGAGGACUGGCGCUGGGGACCCUGUGUUCCCAACAGUAAGGACUGUGGCCUGGGCUACCGCGAGGGAACUUGCAAAGAUGAGAGUAAGAAGCUCAAGUGCAAGAUCCCCUGCAACUGGAAGAAGAAAUUUGGAGCUGACUGCAAGUACAAGUUUGAGAGCUGGGGAGGCUGUAGUGCUCAGACAGGCCUGAAGACUCGCUCUGGCAUCCUGAAGAAAGCCCUGUACAAUGCCCAAUGUGAGGAGACUGUCUAUGUGACCAAGCCCUGCUCCUCCAAGAUCAAGUCGAAGUCCAAAGCAAAGAAGGGCAAGGGGAAGGACUAGAGCAGGAAACCAGCGUCCUCAUCGGCCCCUCAACAUGGUGCCUACAGGACUGGACGUCCAGCUGCAGCUGGCCCACACUACAGUCUUCCUCCUCCUCUCCUUACUCCUUUCCAUGACCUCCUCUUUCACUGAGAUGCCUUGUUUUAAUCAUUAGUGUUGUAGAGAGCCAACCCACCCACCCUGCAGGAUAGACUGCCUCCUUUCUUGCUGUCCCAUGGGCACUGCCAGUGCAUCCUGCUCACCUCCUCCGGAUGGUGUUGGGGUUCACUGGGAUGUGUUUGGAGAGCUGGGAUGGAACACACAUUUUUCCACCCUCCAGUACAAAUUAGUUGCCUUUAGCACACCCUUUUGCAAGCCCAGGAGUCUCCUCACUCCUCUACCAAGUACCAGGGCUGGAGGGAAGGGCUGGGUGUUGAAUGCCUCAAGGACUGCUGUCACCUCAGGUGGUUUAUUCCAGCAUCCCUUUGGCUGGGGCAUGACUUAGCUGCAGCAGUUGAGGAAAACACAAUCAUCACCCUGAGAAGCAACUGCGUCUCCUCUCUGUCACUUCUAACCAUGUGUGUCCAUGCUGGGGCUGCAGCCCCUCUGCCUUUGUCAUACCAACACCAGUUCUGGGUGGGAGCUCUCCUUUUGGAAUUUUUUUUCUUUUCCAAUAAAAAUCUUUAAAAUAAAAGUAUCAGAACCCCCCUGUUGUCCUCACAAGGCACUGCUGUGCUGGAAACCCCAGCAAACCCUGGUUUUGCUGACCUCACUGGCACCAGCAGUGAAGUUACCAUGCAGCUGGCAGUGCUGGCCUGGGUGCCACAUGCACAUGGUCCUGGACAAAGCACCGAACCUCACAGCCUCUUUGCAACAAUGCUUCAGGCGGCUCCCCUCUUAGUCUUGGUAGAAGGGAUGGGCUGCAG